UUCCUCCGCUCCCUGUCAGUUUUUCACUGGCCGCUGCGGGAGGAGAAACCGGUGUAUGUGCGGCAACAACAUGUCCGCUCCGCUCCCAGCCAUCGUCCCGGCUGCCAGAAAGGCCACCGCCGCGGUCAUAUUUCUUCAUGGUUUAGGAGAUACUGGGCAUGGAUGGGCAGAAGCAUUUGCUGGUAUCAAAAGCCCACACAUAAAGUACAUUUGUCCGCAUGCGCCAGUUAUGCCAGUUUCUCUAAACAUGAAUAUGGCUAUGCCUUCUUGGUUUGAUAUUAUUGGACUUGCUCCAGAUUCACAGGAAGAUGAAGCUGGGAUCAAGCAAGCAUCAGAGAAUGUGAAAGCACUUAUAGAACAAGAAGUAAGGAAUGGAAUACCCUCAAACAGAAUAAUUUUGGGAGGAUUUUCUCAGGGAGGAGCGUUAUCUCUGUACACAGCUGUCACAACACAUCAAAAGUUAGGGGGCAUUGUAGCACUCAGCUGUUGGCUUCCACUGCGGACCUCAUUUCCACAGGGUGCCAUCAACUGUGUCAACAAAGACAUUCCCAUUCUCCAGUGCCAUGGUGAUCGUGAUCCUUUAGUCCCGUUAAUGUUUGGUUCUGUCACUUCUGAGACACUUAAGACUAUGCUAAAUCCUGGCAACAUAACUUUCAAAACUUAUUCGGGCAUGAUGCAUAGCUCGUGUAUUGAGGAAAUGAUGGAUGUGAAGCAGUUUAUUGACAAGCAACUACCUCCAGUUGACUGAAAAUAUGUGAGAAGCCUUCUGUUAAAUCCACCAGCAUUAUCUGUAUUAGAUUGUUUCUUUUCAUGCAGCCAUUUCUAAAGCAUCUCUGUGCCUACAGUGUUAUCUGUAUUGCAAAGAAUAGAUAGCUAACUUCAUGAGAAAUUAUGCUUUUUUCAUACCAUUGGCCAUGGAGGAAAGGCAUGUUGGAAUAUAAUUAGGCAUACUCUUCUAUGCUAGAUUGCUCCAAAUUUAAAGUUGUCUGUUGAUAACUGAUGACUUCUUGUUUUAAAUAAUUGCUUAAAUGAGAACAUUUUAGGUUCAAGACUUGUUUUAUUACUGCUUGCUAAAUUGACAUUCAUGUAUUGUACAUACAGUAUGUCGUAUGUAAAAUUCAAUAAGCAUGCAGUGGUAGAAUAAGUAUUCUUAAGGGUCAAGAUUAACCAAUAUUAUUGCAUGUGUAAGAAAAGACUGUUGUCCAGUCUUCAAAUUAUCCCUACAUUUGAAAUCCUUCAUCUAAUAAGUGUGUGCUAGGCUACUUUGAAAUAUUGGAAGAAAUAUUCCAUCUCUAGACAGAGUAUUCCAACUGAGCUGCCCUUAUUAAUAUGAAGUGUGACAUAAAGAUCACUAAUUAUUGUUUUAUAUAAAACUUUUAAUAAAUUGAAAAUUCAUAAAGCAUUUUAAAUUUAAGCCCUUGAAGGCUCUUCUGAAUAGCCUAGUAACUUCCUUAAUUGAGAAUUUAAAACCAGAAAAUACAUCUUAUGAACAAUUUCUCUUAAAUUGUUUUCUUUUGCUUCAGAUAAAUCCAGCAUGGUGCUGUAACUGCACAACCACUGCUAUAAUAGAGCAGUGCAUUGCAAUCACUUAUGCCUUCACACUUGGCUUUUCCUUUAAGUUCUUAAUAAAACUUGAACUUCUUGUCAAAACAAAACAUGUAUUCCCCUCCCACCAAGAUACCAAAUAACAAGCUCUGACAAAUGUUUGAGAAAAAUAUUCUGUCUUACAACUUGCCAUAUACAUAUAAAAUAAAACUCAAAAGAUUCCUUAGUAACUUGUGUAGCAUAAGCUCAGAAUUGUUCUACAGAUAGUAUUACAGAUUUGGUGAUGGGAUUGUAGAUGCAUGAAAAAAUUGAGUAUGUUCACUCUCUUCCAGGCCCUGCUAUUUUGUUGAUUGCCUUAGGAUUUCAUUGCUAGUACAUGCUAUUCUUGAUGUUGGAAUUACUACUGCUAGGAUUUCUUCUGUUUUCAGUUUGCUUUAUGCAUACAAUUUUUAUUUUUCCAAGCAUAGACAUGCAAUCUAACCUGUCACUUUAUUACAUCUGCAGUCAAGACAAGCAUUUAAUUCGUAAGAACUGCAGUUGAGGUUAUGGUGUCUCAAGGACGUUUGAUCUUUUCCUAUCCAUCUUGUGGUUGUGCCUCACAUUCCUUGACCCUUUCUGGGCCUUCUGAAGCUUAUCAGACUGAGGGUCACCUGUAUACUCGCAGAAUUGAGCAGCAAAGCUGUUCCUGGAUAGUACCACUUCAGGUUGCAAGCAAAAGAACCAUGGUUCAAUGUUCAUAUAUUUUUAGGAGAACUUCCCUGCAUGGCCACACCAAGGAGCUUUCAACCUAGCCAUUUCCUUUAAAUUGUGAUUUCCCAGCGGGUAAUGUUGAAUGGAAGAGCAUUGAGAUAUGCAACCUCCCCAUCUAUAGCUUGCAACAAUACAAUUCAACAACAGCUACGCCACUUGAUUCUGCUGAUUACAACUUGGCCCUUAAAAGCAGUAAAUGAUUCUAUAGUCAAAGUUUUGCCUCUGAGGUAUUUCAAUACUCGGUAUCUCUGCUAGUACGCUGCAAGAGUUGUUGAACAUAGGAUUUGAAUAUGAAACCAGUGUGACUUUUCUCAGUGUUUAUCCUGUUUUUACUGGAGAAUAGUUUUCUAUAUAAAUAUUUGCUCCUAGAAGAAAGUGGUCUGGCAGUGUUCAACCACUUUCUGGUAAUGUGUGCGCAAGUUUUCAGAACCUUGCUUUCUAAAUUGAAGGUAGUCUACUAAACAGUGUUUCUUAUGGAAUAGUCACUGCAUAGAUACGUAUUUCUCUUUAAAAUCAGAAGUGCAAAUAGAUAUUUUGAUUUACUAUAUUAUAUUUAUCUUAUCAAUUUAAAGAAUUUGUGAAACUACUGAAAUUGAAAUAGUACCCAAUAAGAAGGGAUGUUCAGUUCACUAUGGAAUUUGACAUCUAACAUUUUGCCAAAAAUCAUUUUUAUAUCCAAUAUUAGAUGACUUAAUUGAAGUAUUUGUGUGAAAUACUUAAUUGCCAAUUUAAUAAUUUUAGCCAUAUUGUAUAUCAUAGCCCAACUGCUGCGACAAUAAAGGCAAAACCGAUGGCUUCAUUAGGAAUUUUGCCAUGAUAGAGUGUAGCUUUUGGGUUUUCCUGAAGUGUUGUAUAAUGUCCAAUGCAGUGAAUUGCUGAAGGAGUACUGUACUCUGUGACUUGUAUUUUAGAUCUGUUAAUUAAAUGUUUGCCUUAAUGAAGUGUAUUGCUCUUCAUUAAAGUGCAAAAUGCAUCUUUUUAUAAAUAGGUGCUAUUGACUCUCAAAUAUAAUUUAAGAAUGUAUGUAUAGGAUGUCAAUGAAGCCAUAUGUUUAGGCCGGGAUAUUUUAUAAAAUACUACUAUAAUUUGGCUUUCCUUUAUCCUCAGUUGUAGAAAUCCAUAGUUAACAUCUUGAUUUUAUAUUAACUGUUUAUGGUAAGAAAUCUGUUGUUGAAAUGGCCUUCUUGUAAUUGUAACCUUUCUGUUACUGUGAAAUAAAUUCUGAACAAUCA